AGAAACUCAAUUUUUUCCGUGUUGCUCAAGAACAUUUAUCUUUCAAUAAACGAACAAUAAUCAUCUAAACACUUUCUCAAUCCAAAUCCAACCUCAACAAAAUUUUUUGGCGUCUCUUGCAACGAGAUAUCUAUCCAUCGUUGAGCUGAAUCAAAAAAAGUCCGGGCGGUGCCCAACGAAAAGCGGAUUGGUCUGGAAAUGUGAUCAAGAGGCGAAUAUGCGGCAGAGUCUACUGUCAUUUGUAGGCAGGCUGCUACCCAUGUCGAGUGACACGUCCGUUCAAUUAGUACCAAAUUGUUCUAUUCAAUGCUCGGUUUGCUGUCAACUAGCGUUCGGACUGAAUUAUGGUGUACCAUCCUGCAAUGCUUGCAAAAUGUUUUUUCGCAGAAUGAACAUCAUUAAGCCAUCGUAUACUUGCCUUGCAGACGGUUCAUGUUACACAAAUUUUGGUUUUACUCACGGUCGCCCGAAAUGCCGAUCAUGCAGAUUCCGAAAAUGCUUAGAUGUUGGCAUGAAGUAUCGGAGCACGGAAGAAGAAGAUGAGAUGAUGUUAAUAAUGUUAAAAUCAAGCACAGCUCAGCUGCAACCAGAUAUUUUUGUGACAGUUGCCGAUGAACUUUACGGUUCGAUAAACUCUCUGCGACAACUUGAUGCACGGAGAGCUAUGAACCUGGAGACGAUGAGAAGUGAUGAGGAUCCGACAAUUGAAGAUUUGAUUAAGAAAAGUAUUCGAGGAUUCACUACAAUUCAGAAUCCCGGAUCAUCUCAACUUGUCCAUCAAGCCGAUCAAGUUCUAUCACAAUGGACAUUUUUCGGAAUCUGGACAUCUGUAGAGUUUCUGAAUAGUCUUGAUUUCAUGUCACUUCUAGGCAUCGAAGACAAACUAAUUGUGCUCAAAAGUUUUGCUCUGAGCUCUUACCUCCUUUCUUCAGCUUUUCAUUCUUGCUCUAGAUGCUGUGAUCGACUGGUAAACCCCGACGGAACAGAGCUGUAUUCUUCUAGAAUAAGAGAAAUGUCGGAAUUUUCCAAAGACUACGCGGACCGGAUACAAGAAAUGCUCGUCACCAAAAUAUGUGGAUUAUGCUUAACUCCAGAGGAGUACAUCCUAACUCAGAUCAUACUUUUUUGCACACCAAGACUAACCGGAUUAUCACAGUUUGCGCAAGAGAUCAUAGGCGAGCAACAGAAAAAGUACUGUAAUUCCCUAUUGGAGUACUGUAAGCUGACAAGAAAUACUCGGGGACCUGCGAGGUUUCAAGAAAUUAUAUCGAUUGGGAGUGUGCUUGCACAAUGUUUUGAGGAUGUGCAACACCUGUCAACCGUGCUGAAACUGUUUUAUCCAGAUUCUUAUAAUAAUAAGAAAUUAUUCGCGGAUAUUUUGCAUAAAUAAAAAUUGUGCCGCGCCUUCUGUAUAGUACGGCUCGGAACCCGAAAAGUGUCGGCUGUGGCGAAAGAAGGUGGCGUUCGCUCUAUGUGCUGUAAACACCAAUCUUUUGAUUUUUCAUCAUAGUGAAGACAUAAGGCGAAAUUAAAUUCGAAUUUCUCGAAAAAAUGUUUUAAAAUUUGAAAUAUGAAUUUCCUGCCAGAAUGAAUGUCUAGUUUCUAA